GUGUUUUUUUUUCUAUUAAACGAUGGAGAAGGAACAGCCAGCUUUGAUCGAAAAAUCGAAAACCAUGGCGAACCCUACGGACAAUCCGGAUUCUCCCACGCCUCAGGCGAAAAACCAAGACGAGCAACUGUCCGAGAAACCUCUGCGUUCCAGCUCCGAAAGUCUCACCUCCAACCAUGAGGAUGAUCCGAACCGGUUGACUCGCAAGGCAGCCAUCAUGCAGGUCACCAUGGCCAUCAUAGCCAACAUUACCAUCAUAUCGUCCGGAAUGGGUCUCGGAUUCCCAUCGAUCGCCAUGAUUGAGCUGACCAAUUCGACGACCUCGGUCAUGCUGACCGAAAAUGAGGCCUCCUGGUUCGCUUCGGUGGCGUCCAUCAUGUGUCCCAUUGGAGGUCUGUGGGCAGGAUUUAUGCUGGACAAGGUGGGCCGUAAAAAGACGCUCUACUUUAUCAACAUUAUCUCGAUCGUAUCGUGGGCUAUCAUGGCGCUGGCUAGCAAAACCGACGCGACGCUACUGUUCGUGCAGCUGAUGGUCGCCCGAGUUAUUAUCGGUCUCGCGAUCGGCCUGUCCAGCUCACCUGCUUCUGUGUAUGCUGCCGAAAUUUCACAUCCUAAUCUGCGAGGACGGUUGACACUGCUUACAGCGUUAUGUACCGGAAUUGGCAUGUUGUUUAUCUAUUCCUUAGGAUACAUGUUCAAGGAUGAUUGGCGUUUCGUAUGUGUGCUGUGCGGAAUCUUCACCUUGGUGUCCCUGAUCUCGGUCGUCCCGAUCCCGGAAUCACCCAGCUGGCUGGUUGCCAAAAACAAAAUGCCAAAGGCCGAAAAAUCGCUGAAAAAGGUGCGUGCCAUCAAGGAAAACAACCACCCCAAAAUUCACGAGGAGUUGGACAACCUGGCCGAUAACAUUGCCCGGUUCCGCGCCUCCCAGACGAGCAAGUCCAAGUGGGUGGUGCUGAAGAAACCGGAAGUGUACAAGCCUCUCACGAUUAUGUGCACCUUCUUCUUCUUCCAACAAUUUACCGGUAUUUUCGUGAUUAUUGUGUAUGCCGCGAGGUUUUCGAUUGAAGCCGGUGUGAAUAUCGAUCCGUUUUUGAGUGCGGUGUUUGUGGGGGCAACUCGUGUUGUGACCACUAUUUUGAUGAGCUUCAUUUCGGACAAGUUUGGACGCCGACCUCCGGCACUGUUCUCCGGAUUCGGAAUGGCCACCUGCAUGUUUGGGCUGGCCGCCUGUGCCGUAUAUCCGGUUAAUGAUACUGCGCUUCAUUGGAUCCCAACUUUCCUGCUGGUGGCGUUCAUUUUCUGUGCCACUCUGGGCUUCCUGACGUUGCCAUUUGCCAUGAUCGCCGAAAUGUAUCCCACCAAAGUGCGUGGUUUCGUGGCUGGUAUUACGAUUUUUGUCGGCUAUACUAUGUCCUUUAUCAUCAUCAAAGUAUACCCGGCCAUGGUCCAUCUGCUGGGCAACGAGAACGUGUUCCUGUUCUUCGGAAUCGUCGCCGUCAUCGGUAUCGGAUUUGUUUACUUCUUCCUGCCGGAAACCAAGGGACGCACCCUGGAACAGAUUGAAAACUACUUCCGUGGCCAGGCCGAAGCUGGCGAGAUGGAACUGAAACACACCAACGAUUCCAAAGUUUGAGAGCGAUUAUUUCCAUCCGACAUGCAUAAAUAAGAGCAACAUACAUCCACAAACACAUACACAACUAUCAGAAAUAACUGUGAUACAAAGCAAGAAUACACUUACAAUGUAAGCGAAUCGUUACAAAUCAGGAAACAGAAUGCGAAUUAUCAUGUUAGGCGUUAGGCAUUUUAUAUAAAAAGAAAAAAAGAAAAAUCGGAAAUGAAAAUUUCUCAAGCUGAACCAAUCUCAGCCUGAAGAGCAGAUCUGUGAGCAAGCCAAUGGUCACGUCUGAUCAAAUUUCAACCAUGGAGGAAGGGUAAAUAAGGCGAAAACGAGCUAUAAAUACAUAUAUCAUCGAAUAAGUGUUAUCUUAUUGAUAAUGUUCAAAAAUUCUCAAAUGUUAGACACACUUUUAGUAUCGCUAGUGGCCAAUCGAUUCACUACAGAGAAAAACGAACGUAUGUAGUUAGUUAUUCGAGAGUAGAUUUCAAAUUAUAAUAAACUUUAGCAACUAAGUGUUCCAUAAAAAAAAGUGUAAGCAGGACAACAAACUACACUGCCAUACGACUCAGCAAACGUAGCCGAAGUUUUUUUUACUGUUUUUCGACCAUAUACAUUUCUUUAAUCAGUGCAUACACAGUAGAUAGACAUUUUUGUAAAAGAUUCACUUACUAGGUUCGAUUAUCACAAUCGAAUGGCAAAAUGGCAUUACUUUACUUAUUUUGACUCAGCGUACUUGAAGAUAGAAUAGAACCGUGCAUGCAACUUCGCUAACCGAAGCACACGACCACAUCAGCAUGCGGAAACUUGUUAAGGCACAUGUACUUGCUUUAUUUUUUUGAAAAUAAAAGACAUUUAGUAAACUCGUUAUGAAA